AUGUCUGGAUCUGAAGCUGUAGCAAAACCAGGAAUUACAGUCCUAGCCUCUAAGAUUUCCAAAGAAUAUGUGGACGAAAUCACUAAAAAGGUGGAAGCUCUAAAAAGUAUACGGCCUGAAGGCCCUCUGCUUGUAGGAUUUCUCGCCAAUGGUGAUCCUGCUGCUGAGAUGUAUGCCUCGUGGACUAAGAAGACUAGUGAGUCAAUGGGGUUUCGUUAUGAAUUGAGGAGAGUGGACGAGAAAGAUUUCUUGGAAGAGGCUAUCAUCGAGGCUAACAGAGACGAUGCCGUUGAUGGUAUUAUGGUUUACUAUCCAAUUUUCGGUAAUGCACAAGAUCAGUAUCUACAGCAGGUUGUGGCUAGGGAGAAAGAUGUAGAAGGGUUGAACCACGUUUAUUAUCAAAACAUGUACCACAAUAUUAGAUAUUUGGACAACGAAAAGCAAUUAAAGUCUAUCUUGCCCUGCACACCGUUAGCCAUUGUUAAAAUUCUCGAGUAUUUGAAGAUCUAUAACACUUUGUUGCCAGAGGGGAACAGACUUUAUGGUAAGAAAGUUGUUAUAGUGAACAGAUCAGAAAUUGUCGGCAGACCAUUAGCUGCACUAUUAGCUAACGAUGGUGCUAUCGUAUUUUCAGUCGACGUGAAUAACGUACAAAAGUUUACUCGUGGUGAAAGUUUGAAAUUUAUAAAACAUCACGUUGAAGACUUGGGUCCAUAUUCGGAAGAUCUCCUGAAACAGUGCUGCGCAGACGCUGACGUUAUUAUCACCGGUGUACCAUCGCCAAAAUACAAAUUUCCUACUGAGUAUGUCAGAGAUGGGACAGUUUGCAUAAAUUUCUCUUCGGAAAAGAACUUUGAUGACAGUAUUAAAACCAAGGCAUCAUUAUACGUUCCAAUGACUGGUAAGGUUACCAUUUCCAUGUUAUUGAGAAAUAUGUUGAGACUAAUUGAAAAUGCUGAAAAGGUAAAGGCAAAGAAUUAG